ACACCUGAAUUGAAAGAGCUGGUUCCAGCACUGCCUCCCUUUCGCUUUCCAAAACCACGCUGAGUUACCUAUUCAGACUCGCCGCCUCGAUCGAUUGGAAAUGGACCGAUACAGGGGACAGCGGCGAGUCCAAAUCGACGAUUCGGAAGGCGUUGCCCAAGAACCCAACGGAAUGCGAUUCAGACCCUCCAACAACAAUGUCACCGAAGACCAGGAACCGUUCAUGGGAAUCAAAGUCAGACGGAAAGCCUCCUUUCACAGAGACUUCCAAGGGGACUACCUUGACGUCCGAUCCCAUCCCUUCUUGAUGAAGCUUUUGCAAAAGCAAGGUGACAAGAAAGUUCUCUUUGCUGAUAAAGUUUUGAAGUUCACUAAUUCAGGGAAGAUGAAAAGACGUAUUGUUAUGAUCACUGAAUUUGCCAUUUACAUUGUUGAUCCUGAGACUGAUGCGCUUAAACGGAGGAUAGCCCUUGCAGCUGUAGAUAGUAUGUGCUUAAGCGAAUUAAGUGAUAACUUCUUUGCAAUUAUCAUCCCUACAGAGUAUGAUCUACUCAUAGCUAGUACUCGAAAGACUGAAAUUGUUACCAUCUUAGUUGAAGCUACAAAGAGCACAUCUGAUUACCAGCUUGAUGUGACCUUUUCAAAUAGGUUUGAAUAUCGAGCUUCUGCUGAACUGGUUAAGGAGGUUCAAUUUGAGGAAGUUGAAGGGGGCAUUAGAACAAGGUUUUCGAGAAAGGAAGCUCCUAUUACAGAAGAUGAUGAAUAACUAAAAUGUGAGUCGCAACAUAGACAAUGAAUACAUUAUUUGUAGAUUUGUGUGAAUCGGUAAUCUUGAAAAUGUAAAGGUCAAUGAGUCUUUGGUCGUGGCGUUGCUUGUGAGAUGUUGUCAGCUUCAAAUCUUGAGACAUGUAGCCUUACUGUUUACUAGUUGCAUAUAAGGUUCGUAAUUCUUUCAUUGGAAAAUGCAGUGUAAAAUUUUCAAUUUUAACAGAUUUUUCUUAGCAUAUGAUUCUGCUUGCAUAUCGUUCUGAAUUUUGUCCUACCUUUCAAUUGAAUGGACUUGUAGUGGGAUGGGUUGAAUUUGCCCAGUACUUUGGCUUUGCUGUUCUGCAAGAUCAAGAGUAAAGUAGAUAAAGAAAUUAUUCUAAUUUCAUUGUUUUACUAUUUGAAUUGUAUUAAACUCUAAAACGAGGA